AUUAAUUAAAGUAUUUCAAAUAAUAUUUUAAACGGUUGAAGUAAUUAAAUUUACAUCUCUUAUAUUUGGCUCUUACGUAUUAGAGUUCUACAGGUUUAAUAAUUAAUAAUUGUCUGCCCGUUAACUUUCAAACAUUUCUACUAAUGGAUUUAAUGUCUCUGUUUUUGGAUGAGUCUGGAAGCCACGAAAGCAACCACAGCCACCACCAGGACCACAGUAUGCCGAUGUAUUUUCACGCAAGUUGUGAAGCAACCAUACUGUUUUCUUUCUGGAAAGUCUCAUCUAUUACCGGAAUGGUGGUGUCUUGUCUGAUUAUCUUGGUGGCGGGAAUGUUGUACGAAGGUUUAAAGGUCUUCAGGGAAUAUUUGCUGAUGAGAAAUACUGAAUGCAAGUCCAAGGAGCCUGCAGGAAUUGUUCCUGAUUGCUAUAAAAAACAAAAGGUUGAGCCCCUACCUCAUUUGUGCCAGACAGCUCUGCACGGCCUGCAAGUCUUUUAUAGCUACUGCCUCAUGCUCAUCUUCAUGACCUACAACGUCUGGUUGUGUGUGUCUCUCCUACUCGGCGCCAUCUGUGGCUACUUCCUGUUUGCCUGGAAGAGACACAAAUGCAGCAGCUGCCUUCCUAACUCCUGCUAUACAACGAAUGAUCAUUGCAAUUAAGAUUCACCAUAAUAUUUCAUUAUGAUAUUUUAUUGUAUUAUUUCACCAUAAUUUAACCAUAAUACUUCAUCAUAAUAGUCCACCAUAAUAUUUCAAUUUAAUAUUUCACUUUAAUAUUUCACUUUAAUAUACAACUAUAAUAUUUCACCAUAAUAUUUCACCACAAUAUUUUGUGGCUUUUAUAAGUAUUCAUUAUAUCAUUUAUCUACACAACAAACUUGAGAAGUUUAACAUCUUUAAAUCUUAAAUAUAUUUUGAUGUUCCAUAGAAAAACGAAACAAAGAACUUUAUUAUUAUUUCAUAGCGUUACAGUCCUGAUUCAUAUUUGAACAGAUUGUAAAUUAUACCAUUCCAACAAUAAUGCUUACAUUAAUCAAGUAAAGAAAUUGUUUCGCUACUUUUCCUACAUAAUGUUACAUUUUGAGGAAUGCUGAAAGUAAAAUCAUAAAACGAACAAAACGAAAAAUUUGCUGCUUUAUUGUUUUUAGUAGUUUUUUUUGUGAAAGAAAU